UGACACCUGUCAGUGCCCAUCAAUGCUAUCUGUCAGUGCUCAUCAAUACCACGUGCCAGUGCCCAUCAGUGCCACAUCAAUGCCACAUAUCAGUGCCCAUCUGAGCUGUCUUUCAGUGUCACCCAUCAGUGCCAGUCAGCGCCACCUAUCAGUGCUGCCAAUCAGUGCCACCUAUCAGUGCCAGUCAGUGUCGCCUAUCAGUGCCCAUCAGUGCUGCCUAUCAGUGCCAGUCAGUGCCACCUAACAGUUGCUGCUUUUCAGUGCCCAUCAGGGAUGCCUGUCAAUGCCCAUCAGUGCCACCUACUAG